AAAUCGUCUCCCUCAAAAGUCUUCAAAUAAUCUUUCAUUCCUAAAUUUAAUUGUUUAUUUUUAGCAAAGCGUAAGGAUUAGGAUUUAUUUUUUCCUUGACACGAUUUAGCUGGCACGACCAGAUCUCAGACGUCAUUUCCAAGCUCUCCUCUCUCUAUUUAUGCCCGAUCUCCAUCCGACGCUUCAUCUGCGCCCCUCUCGUCUUCUUUCUUUCUUUCCUCUCUGCCCCCUUCUGUUUUUUUUUUUCUGCUUGGAUUUUUUUUUUUGGUCUAGGCGUUUGAUCGGCCGGCGAGAGGGGAAUGGGACCUCGGCGGGGAGCUGGGUGGGUGCUGGCGCUUUUGGCGCUGGCGCAUUGGUGGGCGGCGGCGGUGGAGGCGUCGCAUGCGGUCUACGAAUCGCCUCGGUCCACGCCGCCCGCUGCUCCCGUCGACAGCGAGCUGAGGGCCAGGUACCACUUCCGGCCGCCGAGAAAUUGGAUCAACGAUCCGAAUGGCCCGAUGUACUACAACGGAGUCUACCAUCUGUUUUACCAGUACAACCCUAACGGUUCGGUCUGGGGCAACAUCAUCUGGGCCCACUCGGUCUCCACCGAUUUAAUCAACUGGGAGGCGCUCGAACCGGCAAUCUACCCCACCAUCCCGUCCGAUAUUAACGGGUGCUGGUCCGGAUCCGCCACCAUCCUGCCGGGCAACCGCCCCGUCAUCAUGUACACGGGCAUCGACCCGCAGAACCGCCAGGUCCAGAACGUGGCGUACCCGAAGAACCUUACGGACACGUACCUCCGCGAGUGGGUCAAGCCCGACUACAACCCGGUGAUCGCGCCCGGUUCGGGAAUCAACGCGAGCGCGUUCCGCGACCCCACCACGGCGUGGCGCGGCGGCGGCCACUGGAAGCUGGUGGUCGGGAGCAAGUGGAACAAGAAGGGGGAGGCGAUCCUUUACCGGAGCCGCGACUUUGUGCGGUGGGUUAAGGCGAAGCACUCGCUGCACGCGUCGAGGGGCACCGGGAUGUGGGAGUGCCCGGACUUCUACCCGGUGGCGCUACGCGGCCAGCAGGGCCUCGACACGUCGGCGGCCGGAGGCUCCGACGUGAAGCACAUCCUGAAGGUGAGCCUGGACCUGACGCGGUACGAGUACUACACGAUCGGGACGUAUGACCACGUCAAGGACAAGUACGUGCCCGACGGCACGUCGCCGGACGACCACACCGGGCUGCGGUACGACUACGGCAACUUCUACGCGUCGAAGACGUUCUUCGACCCGAAGAAGAACAGGAGGAUCUUGUGGGGGUGGGCCAAUGAGUCCGACACCGUGGACGACGACAAGGCCAAGGGAUGGGCAGGAAUCCAGACUAUUCCAAGAACUAUUUGGCUUUCCAGAAACGGCCGCCAGCUUAUGCAAUGGCCCAUCGAGGAGCUCGAAUCUCUGAGAAGCAAGCACAUCGUUGUCCAGAACACGCAGGUGCCGAGUGGUGGUUUCUUUGAAGUGCAGGGAAUCGAUUCCUCUCAGGUGGAUGUAGAGGUGACUUUUGAAGUGACAGGGCUGGAAAAAGCUGAGGCCUUCGAUCUUUCAUGGACGACUAAUGCCGAAGCACUCUGUGGCCAGAAGAGAGCAAAUGUCAGGGGUGGAGCCGGGCCAUUUGGUCUCCAUGUUCUAGCUUCAGCCAACAUGGAAGAGAGAACUUCCGUCUUCUUCAGAAUCUUCAAAGCUCAAACAAAAUACAAGGUCCUCAUGUGCCAUGAUCCUACCAGGUCAACGCUGAGACCAAACAUGUACAAACCAACGUUUGCGGGCUUUGUCGAUGUCGAUAUACCUGAAAGUGGCAAAAUAUCUUUGAGGAGUUUGAUUGAUCACUCUGUGGUGGAGAGCUUUGGGGCAGGGGGGACAACAUGCAUUACAUCCAGAGUUUAUCCCAGCAUAGCCAUUGGAAGAAAUGCUCAUCUAUUUGUGUUCAACAAUGGAUUAGUCAAUGUGAAAGUAUCAAAGCUCGAAGCAUGGGAGAUGAAGAGACCCUUCAUGAAUGGAGCAUGAGACUGCAUUCAUCGUAAUGUCCUCUAGAAGGCUUCUUAGUUAAUUUCGAACUGAGAACUUGAUUCGUAAUGUUGAGCAUAUUAUCUUCUGUCACUGCCAUAUGUAACAGAUAAAUGAAAUAAGGAUAUAUUCUUCUGAUA